AGCAUCGCGACCAAAGCACCACCGACGUAUAAAAGCGCCGGAGGGUGCGCGCUAGCCGCGAAGACACGAGGGGGUGCGCUGACUUAGUUCGUUUCGUACUACUAUCGCUGCUAGCUGUCCACUUCUCUCUUGCCUCUUUCCCUGUACAUACACACACAUACUAUUCAUUACUAACUAAUAAUUCAUCAUUUACUCGUCACUAAUAAAAUAUCGUUAUCAUAGUUGCCGGUAGCUAACGUUUAAUUAAAUUAAUCCAUUCCCGCGUAUCCGUUCUUCAUCCACCGUUGGGCCAACGCUGUAAUUUGUAACUGGUAACGACGACAAUUAAGUAACUGUUGUAACGCUAACCAAUCAAUUAAUCCUUUUCGUUGGAUUGUUGCUGAGAAAUAUUAUGUUGAUAAUAAUGAUAAAGUUGUGUUCGCUUUUUUGUGUGAUAACAUGAAGUCUGCGGCGAUUAUAACAGUGUCGCGUCGGAACUGUUGCUGUUAUCGGAAGGCGUCUUCGUGGCCGACCUGGAGGCAACGAUAGCGACAUGCCACGCUGUCUCAUGGCCAAGAAGUGGAAGGCGUACCCGUGGCCAGAAAGGUCCGAGCCGCAGAAGGAGGAAGAAGAGGAAGAAAUUGAUGUGGUAGGCGAUUCUUCCGGAGUCUCGUGUUGGGGCCCAUCGAGUCCUACCGCUGGAGCUACUGCUCCUAGUCCUCCGCCAACCUCACCUCAUGGUACCACUAUUCUUUAUAACGGCUAUCUUCAAGACUAUCCCCCCGCAGCGUACACGUCAUCUUUUACUUCAAGAACCGAUCCUCCAGUUUCUUCAACGAACCAGCAGCAACCGUCCUAUGCAACUCUGAGAACGGUGACAGAGAGUCACGAACUAAGGAGCGAGUACGACACAUCGCCUCCUAAUCUUAACCGUUCUCGUAAGUCCCUUUCUAUGUGUUUUACCAGUACAGGGGCGGCCUUGUCGUUGCCCCCGAAAAAAAAGGACAUAUACCGUCCUUACUCAUUGGACGACAGGCCGACACCGGCUCUGGCUCCUGCUCCGGUUCCUCGCGUACCUGCCGAAGAAGAUUUGCAUGCGGCACACGCGAUCUUAGACCUCAGCGCUUCCACUGCAGUGUUUCUUCCCCCGCCGCCGCCCCCCCCGCAUCCGAUUCUGAUAGAGCACGGUCAAAAGGAGUACCCGCAGGACCAUCAUCAGGUGAUUGUACAAUCGUCUCAAACUCCACCUAAUGCCGCAACCAUAAUCACCGUGCCGCCAAGUAAAACGGUGGCGUAUACUUACGAAGCGUUUUUUGUGAGUGAUGGUCGGUCGAAGAAGCGAAUGCCUCCUCAGGAGGAUUCUCCUGGAAUUGUACAAAAACCGGCCGUCGGUGAGAAGCCGAAAUACACUUGUGGAGAAUGCGGUAAACAGUACGCCACAUCUAGUAACCUUUCGCGGCACAAACAAACGCAUCGUAGUUUAGAUUCUCAGGCGGCUAAAAAGUGUAUCACCUGCGGCAAGGCCUACGUGAGUAUGCCGGCUUUGGCCAUGCACGUGCUGACUCAUAAGCUUCAGCAUAAGUGCGGCGUGUGCGGGAAACAGUUUUCGCGCCCGUGGCUGUUGCAGGGCCAUUUGAGGUCCCACACUGGCGAGAAACCAUACGGUUGCGCUCAUUGUGGCAAAGCCUUCGCCGACCGAUCAAAUUUACGUGCUCAUAUGCAGACGCACUCAGCCGAUAAGAAUUUCGAGUGUCCCAGGUGCCACAAGUCAUUCGCUCUCAAGUCGUACCUAAACAAGCACCUGGAGUCCGCGUGCCUUAAGGACGAAUCCGAUGAAGGAAAUCGUUCUGCGGAAUCGCCGGUGGUGACUAUUCAUGUACAUGCAGGUUAAUCGCUUCUUUCAAUGCACUCAGUCACGAGAUGUUAAAAUUCUCACUAUAGUAUGCCCCGGUUAUUUAGACAGAUUUACUAUAUUACGCCAUUGAUUACAAACGGAAGGAAGUACAUACAACGGUUUUGCAAAGACCUACUAACACAAAGAACCCAAGGCUAUAAUUUUAAGGCUAUUUUUGUUAGGCGAACAGGUAGUUGUUCUAGUCAGUGGUCGUUCAAUUCUAGAGACAACAAAUUCUUGUAAGCCUAGUGUUAAGUCGAACCUUCUUCAAUGAUUUUUUUGUUCUUUUACCAAGUCGCUUUCAGUAAAUAGCUGAUAGGUAUAGGUUAUUGCUGAUUUAGUAACGACUCAAUAUUAUGUAAUCGGUUAGAAUUGACUUUCUGUUAAAAAAAAAAAACAGUGAAGGUAUGCCGAUGCCUUGUCGUUUGGCUUACAGAAAUUCUAGCCUGAGAGCUUCUAGUCGACUUGUCGCACGUUCGAGCGGUAUUUCAGCCCUGCCAGGGCGUCUAGAUUAGUGAUGAUUUAUUCGCAGGACUGGAGUCCCUUGUAAAUAUCCCUCCCAACAAGAUAACACAUCGUAACACGUCCAUUAAUUUAGUGCUUAGGUGUAAGGACAAGCGCGCCGCCACUGGCUGCGUCUUCGAGCAAGGAUAGAUUAUUAUGUUAUCGGCACCCCCACUAACUUAUACUUAAUUAGAGUGCCAGAAAAAAUAUUUUUAAAUGUUCUUCACGAACGAUGCAACGUUUCUCGAGCAACGAAAUCUUGCAAAGAAUUAGUCUUAAUUAAUUAAAUACUUAAGUAAUUUAAGUAGGUUUUCAGUUCGGUUUUCAGACUGGCAAUUAUAUAGCUCGGGGUGGUGUUUAAAAUUGGGUUGCCCGAAAAAGAAAAAAACUAAAUAACGAACUUGUUUCUUAUCGCACCGUAACUGAUCGACUUUCCGGCUAAUUUUUUGCCAUCUGUGAUCGAAUCUAGUCAUAGCCUCUCCUGGAAGCAGAGUCUGUGGAAUAACUCUAGUCACCUAAGUAGUCAAUUAAGUGAUUAUUUCGUAUUUUUAAUUUUUACAUAUUUUUAAAACGGGCUCCGAGCUCUAAAACACAACGUACUCCUACAUUCCAGUUGUAUGAUACCGUAAAGUAAAUUGUAAAUUAUACAUAACAACUAAUAUAUUACGUAAUAAUAAUAAUAAUAAUAAUAAUAAUAUAAUGAUGAUAAUUAUUAUAACGAUAACAAGAGCAUAGUUUUGGCAGUAUUUUUGCAAAUGUACCUAUAUACAGAUUUUUAACGAGUUAUAUUAUUACAAUAUACAUAUUGUCUAUUAAUAAUAACAAUAAAGGUAGAAUAAUAGCAUACGUUACGUAUUCUAACGUCAUACAAACAAAAAGGAAUAUUAUUUUAUUCUAUAAUAGGGUUGCGCUUAUUUACACGUAUCUAGUAGGUAGUUGCACUCGAUUCGAAUGCCUUGUAAUAGAUGUAUGUUAUGUUAAACAUUAUUAUUAAACAAUGUUGACAAUUUAUUUUCGGUCGAAGAGAUUAAUGAGAAAUUUCGUUAUGACGAAACGCGUUGAUUAACGAUUUAAAUAAAGAAAAACGGUAUGGUAAGUAUCGAAUCGAGUGCUUGGUACGAAUGUUAAAAAAUUAGAGUUGAAUGGGCCAGUGCAAUAGGCCCGAGCACUGAGCCAGGCGAGUGUAAAACUAGUCAUUGAUUAGAUAACGAAAUCGUCAGGAAUACGUCGAUUAUGGUUUAAGGUGGUCACUUUCUUCUAUACUAUACAAACUCCCUUUACAUUUUAAAUGACAUUACGAUUAGAGUCUAUAGUAAAAAAUAUGUACUGCAAUUUAGAUUAUGCGUAAGCAUUAGGUUGACACCUAUCUAGAUAAAUUCAUUACCUCUAAAAGUUCCCGUGUAAUUACUAAAUAAAUAUGCAUCGUUUCAUGUAUAAUCGAUACGCGGUUGUGUAAGCUAUAGCAAAAAAGUGACCACUGCAAUCUAUAACAGACAUAUGUACCUUGUCGCGUUUGCUAGAGUAGUGCCGGGCCUUUAUUAGAAGCCGAUUAUUAGGUACACUAUACAUAUUGUAUGUAUAUGGAUUUGAACAAGAGUUUCGCGAGUAGGUGCCUUAGUAAAAGAAUUUUCGGAACAACGACUAAAGCUGAGUUUUUCUCACGCCCACAACGAACUUAAGUCACGGUAACACCAAAAGACGCGAAUGCGCCCAUCGAACUCUUGUUGAACGAGAUGAUUGUUUAGUUAAACUUGUUUCAGAUCUUACUAAUUCACGCGCUAGUAAAAACUACAUACCUACGUACUACAUCGCGUUCGGUUGCUAAAUUCUAAAAGAGUAACAGUUAGUAGUACGUAAAUCUAAGCAAAAUAAUAAUGAAUCAAGUGUAACUAACUCAUCGCAUAAAGUGAAUUAGCUGAUAUAGAGAUGACUUAAACGAUAGGAGUAGGGGUCUUAUUUUCUCUAUAAAAAUAUAGUUUGUAAAACGUUCUGGCCGUCAUGGCGGAUUGAAGAUGUUGGUUCCUUUUUUUCACAUGGACACUUGUAGGUACGCUCAAAAUUUUAAGUAACCGUUAAUGGUCAAAUAAGCAAUAAAAAUUGUAAUACUAAGUAAUAUAAUUGUGUGUAGUUACAUACCAAGAGCAAUAAAGACAUUUACACUCAAUUAUUAUAGUAGGUACCUACCGUACGAUAUUUAAUAACAAAAAAAAGAGUGAAUAACGUAUGUACCUAAAGUGUUUUGUAUACAUAUUACAAUUAAUACUGUUGUUGUUGUUUGAAUUUACUUCUUGGUGCUACGAAAAAUUAAACACUUUGUACACUGCAGUCAAUAGCAAUUUGCAAUGAUACGAUAAAAAUAAACGUGUUUACAAUAACGAUAACGUAUGUAGACAAGUCAAAGUUUAAAGCAAUAAAAUUUAAUGAUAACGAGUAUCAUUGUGAAAAAGAGACCAACAUCUCUCCGAGUGCGCCGGGUAUUCAAAAGCAAUAACCAAAGUAGCGGGUCGAGGGCACAGCCUUUGCCCCAGAAACCAUAGCAAUAUAGAAAUUAACGAACACUUAUUCUUAAAUUAGUUUAUAACGACGAUAGCGUUAGAGUUAUAAAAGCUUAGUGAAUGGGGGCCGGUUUACCGUUUCCCAAAAUAAACAGAAACCAAAAGAAAAGUCUACAAUAUUUAAUAAACAUACGUAUUAUUAUUUUAUGCAAUUUUCCAAGCUGACUCUUUCCUUUCCUUUUGUGAUUAUUCCUAAAUUAUACAAGUGUUUUUUAAAUGAAAUAUUCACAGAACAAAAAAUUAAUUAUGAUAUUUCGUAUACACUCUUAUUGCUAUUAAUAUACUGAAAAAUUGCAAUAGCUCUUCUAACAAUCCGUUAUGAAUAAAAUCUAUUUUACGUUAAUGGUACUUCAGGUAUUAAGCGUAACAACAAUUUUUGUUGCCGUUAUAAAUCGACAGCGUUGUACGGAUACUUACGAGAUGGGCAAUAGUUUUGAGUAGGUAAUUUCAACGUGAUUGUUUUAAAAGUAAGCUUUUUGUGCAGCGCGAAUAAGAGAAGUGAAUUUAAGAAUAAGUUAUAAGAUUGACGUCCAGUUUGCUUUACAUCUUAAUUUUCUUCAAGUUUGGAACUUUUCCAGACGUUGUACUUCGAAAUAGGAUUUUGUAGGUUCCAUUUGUAUAAAUUGAGUUUUAGUAACUUUAUUCUCCUAACGAAAGCAGUACCGUCGAACUGGAAAGUAAUUAACUUUUUGUCAUUAAAUUCCACAAAACUGUAGCCGUACUACUACCUACCGUCUUGAUUAAAACUUAAUUUCAAUGAAUGUAAAACUUUGUAGACAUGUUCUGUAUUGCAACCGAUUUUAUUAUAAUUUUAAAUUCGUUUCAUUUCGAUUAAUUAAUUAUCGUAUUAUUAUUAAUCCGGUCAAAAUAUAACGCGUUGUACUGCUGCCUACCGAAGUGGUACUUCUCUGUUGUGUAUUUCCAUUUUUUUCUUCGUUGACUAUCGUGUUUAUCUUUUGGAAACAACAUGAAGAUUUAUUCUUGUGUUUUAUCUGGCAUAUUCCGUGAAAGGGCACUGACAAGAUUUAUAACGUGAACAAAAGUUAAUUAAAUAGAAAUAAACUGGAUUGCAAACGGCUUUAAGUCGCCCUUAGGGAGUAGGUAACGGGUAAAAUUAGUCUUCAGUGUCGACGACUUCAUUAACGUUUAACAAGAUUUCCGCUAAACGAUGUAAAAUCCAUAAAAAUAAUUACAGUAAAUACAUAUAACCGAAUACCUACGUAACAGAACUUAGUUUUAUGCAGUCAAAAUUGAAGUAAAAACGCGAUUAACGGGCGCUCCCCAUUCACACUAGCAUAACCUGCCUGAAAUUUAUAAUAUUAUAAUAGCAAUAGCGUCAGCAAUAGUUUUUGCAUCUGUUUUAAGAUAUCAUUAUGAAUAAUAUACCUAUUUACUAAUCGAACAUAACAAUGUACCGUAUAAAAAAUACUAGCGCUGCCCUAGGCGGUCAUUUACAUAAUAAUUAUAUAGAUGAGUAGAAAUAUAUAAAUCCAAAGUGAAUAGCGUUUUAGCAUGUCAGGGGUUGUUCAAUAUUACUGUCCAAGUUUUAUAUACAUCGAGCACAUGUUACAAUAUAUGUAGGUAGAAAUGGGCUACUUCGCGUAAUAGCAGGUUAAUUAAAUAUACGCUCCAUGCACACGUUUUAAUUACAGUAUAUGAAAUGCAUAUUAACCGGCUGUUAUAGAUAGUUCAAAAUCUCAUGAGACUUCACUGGGCUGCCAACCAUAUGCCUUGCUGUGUACGACAACGGAUGCAGCUUCUAACAGUGACGGUCAAUGUUUUUAAGAGGUAGAAAUGUAUAAAUCAAUCAACAAACUGGUGGAAUUUUGCCACUGCACAACCCAAAGUCAAGGUUUAUGACAUUUUGAACUAACUAUACGCGUGUUAGCGAAUUUCUGGCUAUUUAGUCGUAACAUAGAUAAAUAUUGUAACUUACAAUUUGAACUAAAUUUGAAUUUAUCCAAGUCACAAACAAGUAGUAUAUGAAUCUACGUAGUAAUUCAAUUAUUUAGUUGGUCGUAAGAAAAAUGACAAUUAGAAAGGUCAAUUAGUUUGGCUUUACCAAAAUAUUUUCUCGUUUUCCUGUAGAUUAUUAUAUAAGACUUCGGCAGUUGUACAAAUUUCUGGUGAAAACUAUUUUAGGAGAAUUUGCAGGUUUUAUUGUUGGUCAAAAUAUUAUCAUCGAAUUCUCUCUCUAACGUCUGUACAUUUAAACCACAGAAAUAUUCUGAAAUUUAUUAACAAUAUUUAUUACAGGGUUGAAGACCUCUAUUAUUUGAUCGCAAAUGUUUAGUUUACUCAAAUUUAUCGUUGCUUAGUAAAGACGAAAAGUAAGUUCUGUUCUACCAAAGAAUAGUGUUUGUGUGUUAUACAAUACAAUUUUGUAGAUUCUAGUCAAAUUUACUUAACAACUAUUUUGUAAUUUGUUUUUCUAUGUUGCAAAGGACUAUUAUGUACACUUAUUUAUUUAUGGUUAAAUGUAAGCCUCAAUAAUGAUUUAUUAUAAUCUUUCUUAUUUCGAUUUACUGUAUCUUCUUAAUUUAUUUAUUCACGCUCUAUAGUAAUUGUAAAAUUCACAUCUGUAAAACCGUCUUUCCCUCCAGGCUAAUUUUUCUAUGCAAUACUUUCGAAAAUUACACUUAUAGCAACAUAAAAUAAAUAAAUAAUAACAAAAUGAAAUAUUUUUGGUAGAUAAUACAAAUGUAAAUUUAAAUAUUAAUGAACUGAAUCAUAUUCGGUUUGUGAAUUUGUCAAACAGAUUUUAUAAAGAAUGUAGGUACCUAUUUACAGUCCAGCGCAGUUGACCACAAUAUUUAAUACAUACUAUAAUUAUGACAGCAAUGUAACAUUACAUUAUAGUAAGUUUUGUAUUAUAUUUUCAUAAUAAACUGUAGAUAAAAAGUUUA